UUUGCAUUAGUUAUUUUCAUAAUUUUCAUAAAUAAACUCAAAAUAUACACACAAAAUCUAAAGAAACGAUGAACCAACCACCGUGAUUAACCAUCAUGUGGCGGAGCUAACACCUCUUUACUAUUCUUUCUUCCUCUCUUACCGCCACUUCUCACUCUUUCUCUCUCCUCUUUUUAAAAACUUCAUCAUUUUCUCGAUCCAAAAAAUCCCCCCAUUUUCUCUCUCCUCUCCUCACCUCCAUUUUCUCUCUCCUCCAUUUCCAUAUUUCCAUGGCGGAAAACACCGACGCACCACCUUCUUCUUCUCCGCCAUCUACGCCGACCAAAGAUCCAAUCACACUCCACACUCGUCGCGAACCCUUCGAGUACGGCCUCCUUCCAAUCCCGAAGCUCAUCUUCUCCGACGCCGCCGCUUCCAUCGGAUCCCUCAAAGAGAAGCUUCUUCAACACGCUGAUUCUCUCCGAGUUAACUCGUCGAUUGUCGCCGAUGUUCUGCAAAUCUCCGAGGAACAUUCCAGGCUUGUUAUCGAUACGAUUGCCGCUGUUCUUCCGACUGAUUCUGAUCCUCUUGUUGUUGCGAAGCCUGAUAAUGUGCCGGCGAUUGGGGUGAAUGUGUAUGAUUUGAUCUUGUUUUUGUAUAUUCAGUCUUAUAAAAGGCUUUUGCCUAGGACUCAUAAGGAUUCUGCUGCCGUUGCUGAUGUUUGGCCCUCGACUUCGGCGUUUGAUGGGUAUUUGUCUGCUCUCUCUCCUCUUCAGCUUGUACGCAGUAAUACUCGUAAAUUCAUGCCAUCACAAGCAGAUGAAGAAGCUCAUCAAUUAUCUUACUUGCAAAAACACUUGGCAAAUAUCCUCACUCUCUUAGCAGAGCCAGUUGAAGGGGAAGGUGACGAAUCUCUGGUAUUGCCAAUGGAAAGGUUUGAACACCUUGGCUUUUUGAUACAAUUUGGUGUGAAGGGGUCUGAAGUAGUACCAUUAAGCCAAGCAGCACCCUUUUUUGCAAAUUCAGACCCUGAUAUGCCUGCUGCACCUGUACCUGCAGCACAAGUUCAUGAUUGGCUUCUGCAGAAGAUAGCUGAUGCCUUGGAACGUAUAGCUGAGAGGGCCACUGCAAAAGAAAAUGGCUCUGAUCAAGACAUUGCUAUGUCUGAUGCCAAUUCAAGCUCAGCUAAGGCUUCAACAAGCUCAAGAGGCCUGACUUUUAUUGAAGGGAUUUCUAAGUCCUCAUAUGUGAAACAAGCAGCUGACGUGAAAGGUUCUUCUCUUAAGGUUCUGAAUUGCCAUGAUUCUGUUAUCUAUAUUUUGGCACCCUUGAGAUAUGCCACCAUAUAUGGCUGCUCUGAUGCAACUAUAGUUCUUGGAGCUGUUGGUAAGGCUCUAAGAGUAGAACACUGUGAGCGAGUUCAUGUCAUCUCUGCAGCAAAACGAAUUUGUAUUGCCAACUGUCGUGAGUGCAUGUUUUACUUGGGAGUCAAUCAAAGACCUCUUAUUAUUGGUGAUAAUCAUAAACUACAGGUGGCACCAUACAAUACUUUUUACCCUCAAUUGGAGGAACACAUGAGUCAAGUUGGUAUUGAGCCCACUAUCAACCAGUGGAAUGAACCUUUGCCAUUGGGUGUGGUUGAUCCACAUGAUUCGUUAUCACACCCUGCAGGUGUUUCUGAUGCUCAAGCUGAGACAGCUGCACCGCUGGAUCCAGAUCAGUUUACUAACUUUUUGAUUCCGAACUGGUUUGGUGGUGAAGUACCUGGAGCCACUAAAGACAACCCAUUUUCUUUGCCUGAGGCUUACAUGAAUUCUCAGCAUAAAAAUAACACAAACCUGGGGGAGGUCAAGCAAGUUCUGCAGGAAACUCCCCUAGAUGAGAGCAAGAAGCGAGAACUGUCAUCUGCACUUCAUGUGUUGUUUAAAGAUUGGUUAUACGCUUCUGGGAAUGUUCGCCAACUUUACUGCUUACAAGGAGACUAAUGCAGUUUUUAGCCAUUGAUUGAGAUGGUGUUGACGGAUGUUUCUCUGUUUUUUAAUCUUCAACUUGAAAGUCCCGCAAUUAUCAGCACCUUUAAGAGUUGAUAAUGUACACAACUCAUAACCAGGCUUACAUAAUAGUCUGAAGUGUUUGCAGCAGUUGUAAGUUAGCUUUUGGGCAGGGUGCAUAUUUUUGCACUAGCUAAUCUCGUCCUCAAUUUUUCGUGUAAGGAAAUUCCCUGUAAUUUUUAGUUUUUGUAGUUUUCACUCUACUUUGUGAAAUUUGAUACUGCAGAUUCUUCAGUUGUCUGAUUGCAUAUCUUAUUCAAAUGGUGCAUUUUUAUUGUUUUGA